AUGGUGCUGCUCUCGGAGUCCUCGUCGUCAGAAAUAAGCUCUCUUUCGUCCGACUCGCCAGAGCCAGAGAACGACUACGACUCGCCCGUCCCCGAUGAGCCCGCGCUGCCGCCGUCGAAGCGUCAGAAGCUGGGAGACGAUUCGCGCGCCUCGUCCUCCGUCCACGUCGAGCCCGAGCACGCCGAGGCCGAGCCCGAACUAGAAGGCGAGAUCUCCACAGACACCGAGGGCGAUGUGCCCAACUCGCCCAUCAACGCCAAGCUCGACGAGGAGGAGGCGCAGGAGCAGGUGACGGUUUGCGCCUGGGAUGGCUGCGACGCCGGCGACCAGGGCAACAUGGACAACCUCGUCGAGCACAUCCACAACGACCACAUCGAGAGUCGCCAGAAGCGGUACACGUGCGAAUGGAUCGGAUGUCCUAGGAAAAGCAUGCCGCAUGCCAGCGGUUAUGCGCUCAAGGCACACAUGCGCAGCCACACUCGCGAGAAGCCCUUCUACUGCUAUCUGCCCGAAUGCGACCGAGCGUUUACGAGAUCCGAUGCCCUCGCCAAACACAUGCGAACGGUCCACGAGACCGAGGCCCUGCGCCCGAGCGACCCCGUGCCCAAGUCGAUGCAGCAGUCCCACGUGGGCAACGGCAAGGGAAGCAAGCUCAAGAUCGUCCUCAAGACGCCCCAAUCCCACUCGGCCGGUAACGACUCGUCCUUUGACGACGGCGGCGACAGCGAGGACAUCGGCUCGGACUUCUUCACGGCGUUGACGGAACAGCAAGGCUUCACGAGCAAGGAGCUGCAGAUGGACAUGGAGUCGCUCUGGCGGCUGUGCGUGGCCAACGUCAAGUGGGCCAGCGAGGAGGGCGCCGUCCUGCGCGAGCAGUGCAAAGACCUGGAAGAGCUGUACCGGCAAGAGUGGCUCGAGAAGGAGGUCCUCCUCACCCAGGUGGAGAAGGUCGAGGUCGACUGGUGGCAGCGCCGGCACGCUGUGCUCAGCGGUGCCGCCGACAUCCAGGUGGGCAGCGCCAUCAAGUCCAAGGACGCCGCGGGCGAUCCCGAGGAGACGGACCAGGAGGGCGAAGAGGCCGUCGAAGAGGUGGUUGUGAGCAAGGGAAAGGAGAUUUCGGUUGCCUCGGACUAG